GACCCAAUCGCUGGCCUGGAAUAGGUGUAGCGCUCGAGCGCCUGUGUGCGUUUACAAUGGGGGCGUGGCCGGCCGGGGUUUAGCCAGACUGCGCGGCCGGACGCCGGCGCCAUGGAGGAGUACGCUCGGGAGCCUUGCCCAUGGCGAAUUGUGGACGAUUGCGGUGGAGCCUUCACUAUGGGUGUCAUCGGCGGUGGAGUGUUCCAGGCCAUCAAGGGCUUCCGCAACGCCCCUGUUGGGAUUCGGCACCGAUUGAGAGGUAGUGUCAACGCUGUGAGGAUCCGAGCCCCCCAGAUUGGAGGUAGCUUCGCGGUGUGGGGGGGCCUGUUCUCCACCAUCGACUGCGGCCUAGUGCGCCUGCGAGGGAAAGAAGAUCCCUGGAACUCCAUCACCAGCGGAGCAUUGACCGGGGCUGUGCUGGCAGCCCGCAGUGGCCCAUUGGCCAUGGUGGGCUCAGCAAUGAUGGGGGGCAUCCUCUUGGCCCUCAUAGAGGGUGUUGGCAUCCUCCUUACUCGCUACACUGCCCAGCAGUUCCGCAAUGCACCCCCGUUCCUGGAGGACCCCAGCCAGCUGCCCCCUAAGGAGGGUACCCCAGCCCCAGGCUAUCCCAGCUAUCAGCAGUACCACUAAGGAAGUGACUGCCUGUCAUCACCACCGUGGGAGCCCCUCCUCCGUUCCCUCCCCGAUGAUCUACCUCGAAGGGAGGGCUGGCUCCCAGUUGGCCCUGGGACCCUCCAGAGAGGGCCUCUACUCUGCUCCCUUGUCCCAGGGUGGGGGGUGGGGCACCCCAGCUGCCCUGAUGGAUGGGUCCCCUUCUCUCUCAGGGCACCCCAACCCCAAAUUCACAUGUAACAAGUUCUCACCCCAGCCCCUUUUCCUGGCGCCCUGAUGAGUAUUUAAAACCAGUUUUGAAAUGCC